AUGUUCCUCGCUGCAGUGGCGCGUCCACGAUGGGACCCACAUCGUAAAAAGGAAUGGGACGGUAAAGUUGGAUUGUGGCCGUUAACUGAGAAGUAUAAAGCGCUUCGUCGAAGCAAAUAUCGAACUCGUGGUGAAGAGUGCAUUCGUAAUAUUGAUUCUAUUAAUCAAGAGGACUACAAGAGUUACUUACUGGACCAUGUCAUUCCCGCUAUCAAGUUGAAGCGGCCCCGCCGAGAAAAACAGAAUGUAAUUCUGAUUCAACAAGAUAACGCAACUCCCCACAUUAGUCCAAGCGACCCAGACGAUUUAGCUGCGGGGACUGCCGAUGGUUGGAAUAUUCGGCUUUCCUACCAGCCUGCCAAUUCACCCGACACAAAUACCUUGGAUUUGGGACUGUUCGCCUCUUUACAGGCUCUUCAGCUUCAACAACCAGUCUAUGGCAUUCAGCCCGCAUAA